CUCUCAGCGGUCUUCACCCCGUCGUAAGUAAACUCUUCAGAAGGGACCCAUCAUGACGCACGCGGGACCAGCCAUGACUCGAAGUCUCCCCUGUCACUAGAAGCUUGGUUUAUCCUAAGCUAUACCUCUAGCCCUACAUCAGUUCAGCCCUAUGGCUGCGACUACGCCCAUGAUAGUAACGACGGCUAGCAACGAAACAGAAACAAACAUAUAGCAGCAGCACACAAGCUAAUCAUGUUCCUUCUUCCCAAACAUCUAGUGCGAGUUCAUGACCUUCAACUUCGCCAUGCAGUCCAUCGACCACAUCGUCAACUCUGCCGCCAAGACUCUCUACAUGUCCGGCGGUAUCCAGCCCUGCAACAUCACCUUCCGCGGUCCCAACGGUUUUGCCGCCGGUGUCGCCGCCCAGCACUCGCAAGACUACAGCGCCUGGUACGGUUCCGUCCCUGGUCUCAAGGUCGUGUCCCCCUGGUCUGCCGAGGACGCCAAGGGUUUGCUUAAGGCGGCCAUCCGCGACCCCAACCCGGUCAUCGUGCUCGAGAACGAGCUCAUGUACGGCCAGGUCUUCCCCAUGUCCGAGGCCGCCCAGAAGGACGACUUCGUCAUUCCCUUUGGCAAGGCCAAGAUCGAGCGCGCCGGCAGCGACCUGACCAUCGUGACCAUGUCGCGCUGCGUCGGCCAGUCCAUUGUCGCCGCCGAGGCCCUCAAGAAGAAGUACGGCGUUGAGGUUGAGGUUCUCAACCUGCGCUCCAUCAAGCCCCUUGACUUGGACGCCAUCCUCAAGUCCAUCAAGAAGACGCACCGCCUCAUGACGGUCGAGUCCGGUUUCCCCAGCUACGGUGUCGGUGCUGAGAUCGUUGCCCUGGCUGUUGAGUACGGCUUCGAUUUCCUCGAUGCUCCUCCCCAGCGUGUCACCGGUGCCGAUGUCCCUACGCCCUACGCCCAGGGGCUCGAGGAGAUGGCCUUCCCUACUGAGUCUCUUAUCGAGAACCACGCCGCUAAGCUUCUCAAGCUUAUCUAAGUGGGUGUAUAGGUGUGAUAGGGUACGUUGGGUCUAGAAAAGACACGGGUAGGAUGGGAAAAAAUACAAAAGCUCUGAAGACUUCAGAUGAUUAGACUUAGCUUUUGAAUGUAAUGAUUGUGAAUGCAUUUGCGAAAUGGCCUGGUGAACAUUUUGUGGUUUGGAGCCGCGUAUGUGUUGGAGAAAUGGGUUGUGGAAUACUGCUGUCUUUCUCUGUUUAUUGGCGCAAUUUCUGUUUGACUACAAAGAGACGAUGGUGACCUCGACAAAAGAAUAUCUGGACUGGCUAAUCUGAUGAAGUGAUCAUCAAAUUGUUAUGGUGUCUUACCUGUCCGUCGUAGUCAUGAGCAUCACAAACCACACCAUGAUGGUGCCCACAAUCAGAUAAAUCAUGACCACGACUUAUAUCUUCGCUGUUUCAUGACGUACAU